CUGAGUACUCCCAUCCCAUCCCAUGGCGAUGAACACAGCGCUCCUUCGGUUACUACCUCUGAUGCUCCUGCUCCUGCCGCCUCCCCUCCGCCAUUACCUCUCAGCGCCGCCGAGUGAUCACGGCGGCGCAACCGAGCAGCUCCGAGUCUACCACCCCAUAAUCCUCUUCCCUGGCUUCAGCUGCCCCAACCUGGAGGUGCGGCUCACCGACGCCUACACGCCGUCGCUGCUUCGAGGAGCAGAUGACCCUCGUCUUCGACCCCGCCCUCGACGACUACCGCAACCUCCCCGGCGUCGAGACCCGAGUGCCGGGCUUCGGCUCCGCAUACGGAUUCACCUCCAAGAAUGACGUGCAUAACAUGUUUUGUAUGAUGAGGCUCCGCGAAGAACUGGAAGUAGUAGGAUAUCGUGACAAAGAUACUCUUUUUGGAGCUCCGUACGAUCUACGUCAUGCUCCACCACCGCCCGGCCAGCCAUCUCAGGUGUACUCUGACUACUAUGCUCGUGUCAAGGAUCUGGUGCAGCUUGCCAGUGAGAAGAACGGGAACAAGCCGGUCAUCCUCAUUGGCCAUAGCUUUGGUGGCAGGGUCAUCCUCGAUUUUCUAAACUCGACUUCCCUUCCAUGGAGGCAAAAGUUCAUCAAGCAUAUGAUUGUCAUCUCACCCACACCUCCUACGGGCUUCACGCAUGUGCUCUCGAACCUUGCAUCCGGACCGGAGGAUGUUAUUGAUUUUCCAACCGUUCACCCACUUGCAUUGCGGCAGAUGUGGAGGACCUUCGCGAGUCCCCUUCUAUCCCUGCCAUCUCCCGCUGUUUUUGGUCAAAAGCCGCUCGUGAUCACCAAAAACAGGAACUACUCGUCAUAUGACUACCCACAAUUUCUUUCGGCGCUCGGUUUCAGCACCGACGAAGUUGUGCCCUUCACGAAACGGGUGCUUCCGACAAUGCUGAGGGUUGAUGCGCCAAUGGUACCAACAACAUACCUCAAUGGGGCCGGCAUACAAACGAUGGAGCAGGCGAUAUAUUGGGAAGGUAACUUUGACGUCGCCCCAGAGAUCGUGCAUGGCGACGGAGAUGGGUGCAUCAAUUUGGUUAGCGUGCUGUCGUUCGCCAAGGAGCUGCAUAGGCAGCAGCGGCAGAAUAACAUACACUUCAAGUUCGUCAAGAUUGAUCAUGCCACACACUAUGAUAUUGCUAGUCGAGAGCAUUCACUUAGAAUAAUUAUGAAUGAAGUUCUAGAAGCAAAUUGCUGAAGAGUCAAGGCAAGAUUUGCGGAAUAACAUACACUUCAAGUUCAUCAAGGAUCAUGACACGCUUCGAUAUUGUUAUUCGGGAUCAUUCACUUAGGAGCUAUGUCUGUAAUUCUAGAAGCAAAUUCCUCAAGAGUCAUCAUGUAUUA